CUGCACUACGGGACCCUCCUGGGCAGCAGAGCUUGUGCCCACAUGGCAGCAGCUGCCUGGGCCACUGGCUUUCUCUAUUCACUGCUGCACACAGCCAAUACAUUUUCCCUGCCCCUGUGCCAUGGCAAUGCCCUGGGCCAGUUCUUCUGUGAAAUCCCACAGAUCCUCAAGCUCUCCUGCUCCAAAUCCUACCUCAGGGAGCUUGGGCUUCUGGCUGUAAGUGUCUGUGUAGCCUCAAGCUGUUUUGUGUUCAUUGUUUUCUCCUAUGUGCAGAUCUUCAGGGCUGUGCUGAGGAUCCCCUCUGAGCAGGGACGGCACAAAGCCUUUUCCACCUGCCUCCCUCACCUGGCUGUGGUCUCCCUGUUUCUCAGCACUACCUUUUUUGCCUACCUGAAGCCCCCCUCCAUCUCCUCCCCAUCCCUUGAUCUAGCCCUGUCAGUUUUGUACUCAGUGGUGACUCCAGCCCUGAACCCCCUCAUCUACAGCCUGAGGAACCAGCAGCUCAAGGCUUCCAUGUGGGCACUGAUGACUGGAUGCUUUCAGAAACAUUAA